AUGCAGUUGCAAUGUGGGCUUACUUUACAUCGUUCAGAUACCAAACAUACAGACGAUUGGUUCAAAAACCAAAGCACACAAGAACUUUUGAGCGAAGCACAGCGAGACAGACUUUUUUCGGGGUCGCCAAAACUCUAUGAAAACAGUGAAGAACAGCGAGUAAGUAAAAAACCCCAGUCGCCUAAAACUCAUGAAAAUCGUGAAGAACAGCGAGUAAGUAAAAAACCCCAGUCGCCUAAAACUCAUGAAAAUCGUGAAGAACAUACUGCCAUGCUGCUCUUCUGA